ACCUCCUAGGCGCCCCCAUCCCAGUCCGCACCCCCCAGCCUUCAUCAGCAUGCAGGCUCAGGCUGCCCAAACACAAGGGGAUUGUUCUUCUUGCAUGCUCAGGGUGGGGGGCUGGGAGCAGGCGGCCCACACACCCUGGCAGGCCCAGGCCACAGGGAGGCUGGCUUUGCCCCGCCCUGUGUCCCCAGACAGGCUCUGUCCACCCUCCCUACUCCCAUCACUGCCUGUGCCCCAGCCUCCAUCACCAUUGCCCAGUGGCGCAGACUUCUCGAAGACAGAGCUCUGAGCGGCACAGGUGAAGCCCUGGGUUCUCCCAGCUCUGCCCGUCGUCUCUCACGUAGCCUUCCAAACAAGCCCCUUCCUCUCCGGGCCUCGGGUUCCUCUCUGGUGUGGCCCUUCCAGCUGUGACAGGCUAAGCUCGGCUUUGUGAAACCUUUGCCACACCCCAGCUCUUCUUCCAGUCCGCAUUCCCCGUGGGGAAACCCACUCUGGGCCCCUAGAAGUCUCAAGACACGAUGCAAACCCUCCACCCUAGUGACAUGCCCAGGAAGCCCCUAGACCCAGAGUAACAGAAGGAACGGGCUGAGGAAUGGGAACUGGGAACCCUGUCCAGGAGGAUCCUGGCUGCCCCAUGUGGCUGGUCCCCUGUGCCCUGGGUCUUCUUACCCCGCCCUCACUGCUCCUCUGGGACCCUUAGCCCCAUCUCUGGUCCAUAAGGCCUCCAGGCCCUGUAAGCCCUGUCUUCUCCCUGCACCCUGGGCUGGGAGCUGCCUCUCUCUGGAGUUCUCUGUGUUGUGGAAAGACAGGCUUGGAAAUGCCUGCCUGGGGCUCCUUUGAGUUUGCAAGCGUAUCUUUAGGGGGCACAGAGGCCUGUGUGGUUAUCUGGCUUGGAAGGUUGGGAAGGGCUUCACAGGGGAGGUGGCAUUUGAGAAGGAUUUUGACAGGGAGUGGAGAGGAUGGGCGUUCCAAUCCGAGAUCAACUUGGGCACAGGCCCAGAGGCCUGGAGGUGCUAAGCAUGUUUGCAGCCAUGUGUGGGGGGAACGGGGUGGAGAUGAGACAAGCGAAAUUGGCAGGGGCCAGAUCAUGAAGGUUGGGUGGCUGUCCGUGGAGAUCAGGCUUUGUUCUUUGGGCACUAGGGAGCCAAGGAUGGCUGUUGAGCAGCAGAGUGACCCAAUCUCCAGAAUGGAGAAUGGAAGCUAGAGACCUUUCUCGAUUUGGGUGACACAGUGAGGGGAUGGGUGUCAGUGGGUGGGGCCGUACCACAGAACUGUGCCCUUUCUCCUGCAUCCCCGUCUGGGCCUGGGCCUGCCUUGUUUUCUGUCGGCUGUAAGGACUCUUGGGGGGAAUGCCUAACGGUGCUCUAAGGAGGCCAUCGCAUUUCUGGCACCAGCCGGCUUGUCAGCUUCCCUUCUCUGUCUAGCACAGAGUCCACCAGACAUCCCUGGGUCAAGAACCGGAGGCUGGACCUGCAGGCCCCAGUCUGCUUCCCUGCAGGCCCCUCCCUAUCCCCGACUCUCCCAAGAAGUAGGUGUGAGUGGCCAUUCUGGGAGGCCGUGAGGAUGAGGCUGGGCGCCCAGGUCGAGGAUGCUGGGGCAGUGCUUACCGAGGCCUGGCUAAUCAGGAAGGGUGGGCAUGCCCAGGGAAGUGGACGGGCAGGGGAGUCAGACUCCCUUGAUGCCCCCAGGCCCUGUGUCCACCCCUGCCACGCCCUGCUUCGCCUGAUGGCCUAGCCAUUCCCCAGCAUCACUGGGUGUGGCCAGCAUGGCUUCUUUGGGAGUAGGAGUAGGAGGUUGCUAGGUUCGGGGCUAGAUGUGCUGAGGAGCGUGUUGGCAGACGUGAGGUGGGGGAUGAACUUGGAGGCUGGACCCCUGUCUCCCCAGCCCAGGUGAGUCUACAAGCCCUAGUUGGUCCAGACGCUCUGGCCAGUAGAGCUGAGGGAAUCCCCCAAGGGGCGGGCCAGUCCACUGGAGUCGCCUGGCCCCAGGAGCCCUCCCCUCCCCCAGAUUGUUCUUGCUCCUGAACAAAGCCUGGGUGGACACCUGAUCCCUGCAUGUGGGGGGAGCUGGCUAAGCCCCCAGCCCUUUGAUUGGGCAGCUGUCAUGAGAGAGAGGGAGACAGCUGGGGGGGAGGGGCAGGAAGGGGCAGCCGCCAUAGCUUACACAGCUGUCACCCCCCCGCCCCGCCCCCUCUAGCCUGAGUGGCAAGAAGCCAGGGACAGAAGGAGUGGGCGCUGGGUCUGGGAGGGGGCCUAGGGAGCAGGAGGGAACGCCCGAGGUCACAGGCCUGGUCUGGGCUGUGUAUAUUUUGCCCGGGAGCCCUGCUGACCAGAGGGGGCUGGGCACCCCCAGAGGUGAGCUGGAGGUCAGCGUGGCAUGACGUGUGGCUGCCAUGUGGGUGGCCCAGCAGGAACCCGGGGCCCACCAGGCUGGGGCAGCAAAUAAUUCCUCAGAGACCUGGCAAGGACAGAAGGGGACCCUAUACGCCUAAUAGGGCUGCUUGUUCGUAGGGCCCUUUGGAGAGUAACUGGGGAGACCUUGGGGGUCCCUCAGAAUAGGAAGGACACAGAGAGACCAGCAACUCUCCCUCUCUCUCCCCCUCCCCACAGCGCAGGUGGGUAAACUGAAGUCCAGGUCUGGUGAAUUCCCGGCCAAGGUCACCGUUGAAGUUGGGGCAGUGGAAGCUGUGCAGACUGCUGGUCCCCAGUACCCCCAGUGGGGCUGUGCCGCAGACCUCAUCUUUUUCAGGACAGGAGCCCCGGCUCUGGCCACAUUCCAGCCCUCUGUCCCCCUGUUUUUCCUGGAGCCUCAGGCCCACAAGAGGCGAUGUGGAAAUGGCACGAGGAUACCGUCAGGUCUCCCACUGGUUACUACCCCCACGGGGUCCCUAAGCCCCAGAAAAUUCUGAAGCUUAAGACCAUGGUUCUAGAUAAGUUGUCAGUCCUUUCUAAACAUGACACACAUCUGCUAGCCAGACAGGGAUCUCAGACUAUUCAAACCUGUUCCCCACCUUUGAAGAGCCCCCCUCGAGGAAGAAGGCUGCCAGACUGAGACAGGAUGGCCGGGAUUGGGGGGCAGCCGGGGCUGCCUUGCACUAGGAGGCAGGACGCUGCUGGUCCCACCGCGCCCUGGCUCUCCGUGACCUUGGGCAGGUUACAGACCCUCUAGGCGUCGGGUUUCCUUUCCAUUUGGUGAAUUCAUCUGUCCAGCUAACCCGUAUGUUCUGAGCACCUUUUCCAGCCUGACUCUGGCCUGAGCUCUGGGGACACAAGGAGAAGGCGGCAGCCGUGGCUUCUGCUCAAAGGGGCUCCUGCCCUUGGCUGUCCAGGGAGGCAGAACCAAGAGCGUCAUCACAAGCGCUUUGCGGGGGAAGUGCAGGCAGCUGGUGGAAUGUUAGCAAGGGCGGCCGGCCCGCCGGCCAGGAUGCCCACAGAGCACAGUCCCUGCAUCCACAGUUGACCUCUGACCUCUGGAGAGCCUACAGGCAAAAUUGGAAUGGAGGGAGGAGCAGGUGCUGGAGGAGCAGGUUCCCGGGCUUGGGAGGACAGGGUUGUCACCACCACUGUAGAGACGAAGAAACAGGCUUCGUGCCGUGCAGUGGCUCACUCUGGGUCUCUGAGACAGAGCCAGGCUGAGAGCCCCGCUUCCUACCCCAUGCCCAAGCCCGGGCUAGCGAGGGGGUUCCAAAGAGGGUAUUGGACAGAGCGCCAUGUCCUUGACCCUCAUGUCAGGGCAGGGGACCCAGGAGGAAGGUGCCCAGAGGUGUCUGGAGUGCUCCAGGCCCGGAACUUUUCCUUUGUCCCCACGCCCUCCCAUGCAGGAGGGAUUUGCAGGGUUAGGGUUUGGUCUUGGCUCAGACUUGGCACCAGUUGGCCCUGCCCCCUGCGUUCCUCCUGGGGCUCCGGUCCCCCAGCGUGCUCACCGUCAAGGCCAGUCGCUGGAGGGAGGGAUUUCCAGGCAGGAUUAAGGUUCAGGAUUAAAUCGGGUUGGAGUGGCGGGGAGGGCUGGCGGGGAGGGCUGGCGGCUGGGCUAAUCCCAGCAGCUAAUCUGCUCCUCCUUCCUUCAGCAGUUACUGGCCUUGACAUUCCCCAGCCCCCCAAAUCCGUUUCUUACCCAUCGCCCAGUCCCGGGGGGAGGCAUUCCCUCCAUUUUAUGGAUGAAGAAAUUGAGACUCAGAGUCCAAGUUACUUGUUUCUGAUACAUAGAAAGCGCUGUAGGCUGGGAAUGUGGCCAGUCUGGACACUUACCCCCUCGGCACCUGUGCAGACCGCUGGUCCCCAACGCCCCCGCCGCCCUCCGGUGCUGAGGGAACCCUGCUCGGCACUGUCUGCAGGGAGUCUCUGCUUCAGUGAGCUCUCUCUUGGACAGGAUUCGCCUCUGGAGGUGGGGGUCCCAGCCCACACCCCCAAGCCUUUGCCAGGCAGGGAGAAGGCGGGCAAGAAGGCCCCUCCUAGAGCCUCACAUUUUCACUUCGGCCCUCCUUUCAAGACCUCCCACAGCUGCUCCAGCUUCCUCUCCAGCUGCUCCUCCGUGCCCUGGGCAGCAGGGGCUCUGGCCCCUGGAGGCAAGCCCCUCUCCGAAGAAGUAACAUUUCAACCUCAACUCAUUCUUCAAGGCCUGAUUCACGGGGGUCCCCUCUUCCAAGAGGUCAGAGCAGCAGCUCCCUUUCUGUGGACUCCCAUAGGCCUCCUAGUUCAUUCUUCUAAUAUUCGGCGGGGAAGGGAAGGCUACUCGUGCAGACUGCCUACCCCUUGUGUGCUUAGCUCAUUUUAAUUUUCACAACUCUUUGGGGGUAGGACUUGACUUCUCUUUCUUCCAGAUGAGGAAGCCGAGGCUCAGGUGAGUGAAUGAGCUGUCUAGGGUUACACGGCUGGUGACUUUUAUGCACACACACUGGGCAGUGAGACAUCUGAAACUCGGUGUUUAUGCCAUAUCCCUUCUCUGGGAGUUAUUGCAGCUCUGGGGUCCCCACAGAAGGGCGAGGGACCUGAAAGAGAGCAGGGCUUCUGUCUAACCCCUCUUCUGCCACCCC